AUCACCGUCGUCGUUCAUUGUAGGUGGGAUAAGAGUCAUACGACAUGAGUUCUGUACGGUACGGCAGUUAUGACAGAGCGGAUUAUUCGGAGGAGAGCAGGGGCUAUGCUGGGCUAUCAGUCUCGGCCUGCCCUCUCGGCUCGGCUUCAAGAAAAAAAACCUGCCAGUGUAUGCAUGCGUGUCUACCAUUUAUCGAUCUAUCCAAGACACUACCGCCCGCCUGUUCUAGCCGCGAAGAAUGGUUGUGGGUACUAUAGGGUGCGAACAAUGCCAGCUCAUGAUCCCAAAAAAAUCAGUAUACACUAUACUGCCAUCAGUAUCGGAAGUUGGGGAUGUGAGAGAGCAGUGCGGUGUGCAUGCUGAUGAUGAUCUAGAAAGGGUAUCAUCCACCUGUCAAGGAUCAAACUACACCCACGGUCAACCAUCGCCGCACCAUAACGCUCCCCGCAUUGCAUCCAUUUUUUCUCAUACAUUCCAACUGCGAAAAACAAAACAAAGAAUCACUAGCGCAUAAUCGUCCGUCCGUUCAUUCGCUAAUCCCGUUGUGCAAGGCAGCUAUACAUAGAUACUGGGCUGACGCUCACUGAAGACCGACGGUGGCGGAGAAGUGAGGCGUCUUGAGAUGAUAGUAAUAAAUAGGAGUUGGCGAAGAUCUGCAACUCGACUCUGUGCGCCAAUACGAGUAGUUUGGGAUCUUCAAACACAGAACACCCAUGGCGCCAGUUAUCCGUGACACUUUUCCUCCAUUUUAGUCGCCGACAGGAUUGGCUGCUGUCAAGAACCCACACGUCAACACUGAACACUGCCGCAAUUCAAAAGAUCUCCUCCAUUCCCUCCUAAAUGUGUAGAAAACCGCACACGCGGACUCGUUCAAUCCGUUAUCGUAGACAGACAGCUCAUACUUGGUGGUACAGCCCUAUGGACGAACCGACGUUGACGGAUAAAAGACGCUCGUAAGUGAGAUAAAACCGCUGUUCAGAUCCAAACAACGCGUCGAAGGGGUGGCAGAAAAGAUGGAUAGACGACACACCUGGUCGAGGAAGAUCUGCGCAAGUCGGUGCAGCUUAAGUUGGAUCUCCAGCGCUUCAAAGCUCCUUGUUUGAAGCAUCUCCUCAAGAACAAAGUGACGCUCGUGAGUCCAGAUGGGGGGGGACACGUCGACGACACGCAUGGAACCAGGGU